AUGGGCAACAAGCUGUCCUGCAGUUGCGCUCCUCUUAUCAGAAAGGCAUAUCGUUACGAGGAUUCCCCAUGGCAGACCGGAGCCAGGGGUGGAAUCGGCGGCGGUGGAGGGCGUAGGGGUGAUACUGGCCACUUGCUCAGGUGCGGAAGCUUAAGAGAGAGGAAGAGGCUAUGGGCCGAAGUUUUCCAUGUGAGUGCCAGCGGAGCCGGGACUGUUAAAUGGCAGCAGGUCUCGGAGGAUCUAGUUCCUGUUAACAUCACUUGUAUCCAAGAUUCGCCGGAAUGUGUUUUCCACAUAACGGCAUACAACAGUCAGGUCGAUAAGAUUUUAGACGUGCGGUUGGUACAACCAGGUACGAGGAUCGGUCAAGCGUCAGACUGUUUUGUUUAUUGGAAGGAUACUAUGACAAACGAUACAUGGGGCUUGAAUUUUACUUCCCCCAUAGACGCUAAACAAUUUAGAGAAUGUUGCUCACCAUCGUUCAAGAUUUCAAGGAAAGCGUCCUCUUCUUACUCGUUGAAGCUCGAACCACCGAACAAGCAGAAAAUCAAGACGCGUCGAAAGCCAGUCUCUACUCCUGCAUCGCCUAGCAGAUCCAGAGAACCUCAGUGCACGUGUAUGCCCCCGGAACAAUUUGCCAGAUUACGAAAUCAAGACGCCAGAUAUCGAGGUUCCUGUAGUGCUUCGACGCUUCCAAGAACCAUGGUACGAUCAACGGAAAUAGAACCAGGCCGUGAGAAAAUAACGGCGGCCACAUCGAGCGCGUCGUUGUACGAUAAUGUUAACAACGCGAAUGCAACGCCAGGAAAAACGCCCAAGGGUAGCGAGACGAGUAAGCCGAAGGAGAAACAGAAUGAGACGUGUCAGACAACACCAAAGACCGCGAACGUUGGCAUUGGAACGGUUACUGUUGGAUCGCAGAUCGACAGUCCGGAAGAAAAAGGUUCGACGAUUUCACCAAAGAAGUCACAAAAAAGUCAAGACACAUCCACUCAACAGAACGGUAGUGAAACUUUGAAAUCCGAAGGGACGCAAGCAGGUGGUACGCUUCAAAAUAAAACCUUACGAAAGGAGCAGCUUCAUCACACGAAGUCGGCCGAUUACACAGAAAUGGAGAUGCAGAACGGUAACAUCUUCAAUAUCGUGAAUAACAACAACACCGGACGAAAAUUAAAGAGCAAGAGCACUGACGACAUGAGAAUCGAGAACGCACAGAAUGGCGGAAUCAGUUUAGAUUCUAAUACGCUGAAGAGAAUGUUGAAACCAAUGUCGAGCAUCGAUAGUCCCGUGACGUCACCCGAAAUGACGAGAAAGAGGCAUAGUCAUCAUAGCUAUCAUUAUCACCCGAGUAAUAAUAAUCAGAAGUAUGUUAUGCAGGAGGCAGAAAACGAGAAUUAUUCGCAUCCUUAUCGUGCGCCAUAUAACAACAAGUUUCAAGCUUCUAGAAGUGUUCACGACAUGGGUCAACAAUAUCCUGGCGGCAGAGGCAGGACGUACUUAGAUUCGGAACAUAAUCGGUGCACAGGUGAUAUGUCUCCGCCUUCGGAUAACGUCAUUUUCGAUAAUCAAUGUUACGCGACAACACCGAGUUCUUCCAAUGGUAACUCGGAUAUGGAACAACCGAAUCAUUGCAAUUCUCGUCGUUGCAACAUCGGCCAGACAUAUCAACAGCAAAAUAUGCAAUCGGUUUCGACACCUGGAAGCCCUACCAGCAGGCUUCUUUUAGAAUACGAAAGACAUCUGAGAAAUACUCUGGCCAAGGGCAUGGAUGCUGAAAGUUAUAGCUUGCGUACAUUCGAGGCUUUGCUGACUCAGAGUAUGGAGAACCUGGAAUUGGCUGAGAACAUCCCUUUGAACGUUCAACGCACACCGCACGUUUCGCGAAGACGAUUGAGUUCGAACAAAUCAUCGACGUUACCGCUGUCGUAUCGUUAUUGUAACGAGAGACAAAACAGCAAAGAUCGGGACGGCUAUUACAGCGAUCGAAACGAGAUAAUAAGGGAAAAGAGAGAACGAGAGGUGGAUCGUGAUCGCGGCUACCUCAGCGAUUACAAUUCUCGAUGCGCCAGCUGUAUCGGGGAAUCGGCACGUGCUCAGUGGUUUAGGCAUUCGGAUGGUUGGCAAUCCGGAAGUUCGACGCUCGGUUCAGGUGCAUCCAGUUCAAUAAAUCCAGGUUAUUCGAGUCAUAAAAGAGAAUCUCCAUGGGACUCAUUGCCCUCCUUGAGACACGAAGGGAGUCUCAACGAUAGCGGCUACAAGUCCAAUCGAACGGAUUCCUUGGAACAAAGAGGUACUUUUGACAGACAGGACAGCGUUCGUUCCGAUUAUAUGUCCGAUAGAGAUGGUAGAUAUGGAAUCGUUCAACAAGCAUCCUUGGAGAGCACGGACUCGAGGCUUUGUUACUUGACGUCUUCAGAGAUGUCGGACGACGACAGAAUGUCUCUUACGACCGCGGUCAGCGACGACGACGAUGGUGAAAGUGUCAUAAAUUCGCCCUAUCGAGGAAAACAAACUGGAACUGCUGCGGCUUCAUUCAAUUGCACCGGUGCAGUUAGGAAAGCAGGUUUCCUCAGCGUGAAGAAAUGGUUGUUACGUAAGAAGCAUCAAAUUGAGCUUGCAAGGAAAAGAGGCUGGAAGGGUUACUGGGUCUGUCUGAAAGGGACCACGCUUCUUUUCUACCCUUGCGAUUCGCAAGAAAGUAGAGCCAUGGAAGCGGCACCUAAGCAUUUAAUUAUCGUCGAUGGUGCUAUUAUGCAGCCAAUUCCGGAGCACCCAAAGAGAGACUACAUAUUUUGCCUGAGCACCGCUUUCGGCGAUGCUUAUCUUUUUCAGGCGCCGUGUCAAGUAGAACUCGAAAACUGGGUGAAUAGCAUACAUUCUGCCUGUGCAGCCGCAUUCGCUCGUCAUCGUGGUAAGACCGGGACUUUACAUCUUCUGCAGGAGGAGAUCUUUCGUUUGGAAAAGGCGAUAGAAUCGGAUCAUAAGAUGAAACACAUGGCCGAUCUUCAGCAAUCCGUCGUGUCCGACGUCGAGACGAAGCAACAAAUCAACAAUCAAAUAGUACAGUGGGAAGAAAAUCUGGAACGUCUUCAUUGCGAGCAAUUCCGUUUGAGAUGUUAUAUGGCCAGUUUGCAGAGCGGGGAAUUACCUAAUCCAAAGAGUCUACUGACACACGUAUCUCGCGCGACGAAGCAGACGUUGAACAAAUUGGGUGUCUUCACCGUGUCGUCCUUCCAUGCAUUCAUUUGCGCACGAAGUCCCUCAUUAUUGAACAAUUUGUUAGCCGGCCGUGGCGCUACCAAGAGAAGACCACCACUUUUAUCUAGGUCGAACAGCGGAUCUAGUCGAAGGUCACUCCAAAUAUCCUCUAGAGAUGAAGAGAAGACUGUUAAAGUAUCCGUGCCGGAUAAUCAGCUUGUUUCGGUUUUUCUACGCGAUGCUAUGACGGUAGAAGAAUUUUUAGCGAGUGCCUGUAACAGAAAGAAUCUCAAUCCGAUGGAACACUUUGUACGGGUGAAGAAACGACGUGACAUGGAGGACCACAAUUAUUUUGUACCACAUAGAACCGACUUGAUCGAAACUUAUUUACAUACGCACGAGAUCGUCGAGGUCUGCGCAAAGAUCUUGUAUCAGGUGGAAUUACAAAGGAACACCUUGGAACAAAUGUGGGGUUUCUCCGUGGAGGCCGAACUCAUCGAAAAUUCUGAUCGACAGGACGAGCUUUGCUGUUACGUUAGCAGAGUCGAAGAUAAAAGUGUGGCUAUGCAGAACGGCAUUAUUAAGGGCGAUGAGAUAAUGGUGAUUAACGGUGCAAUAGUAAGUGACUUGGAUAUGAUGUAUUUGGAAAGCGUUCUCCAAGAAGAAGUCGGUCUCUGUAUGAUGAUGAGAUCUUCGAGAACCGAACCACCGGAUCUUACCGGCAUCAUGAGAGUCACCGACGAUAUCAUCGAAAGUCUGGUUUGUCCUCCUCCACCUUCCGAUCCACCAGUCAUAAGCGAGGAAAUGAUAUCCGGCCUGAUAGUACCAGCUCCCGGAUGGAGCAAAGAAAGUCUCAUGCAAGAGUGUACGACGACCUCGCACAUAGAAAAUGGCAAGCAAACGUCAAGAACGAAUUCAUUCGAGAUUGAGAAUUUAUUAAAAACGGCGGAACAAGUAACGGGUAUUUGCCGAUCGCCCGGUGAGACCAGAAAGUCGAGUCCCACCGGAAGCGUCGUGAGUACGCAUUCGCAAGCAUUAACACCAAGUAGGCAGCUGAGCGACGCUGAAAAACUAAAGAAAGUGAUAUUAGAACUGAUCGAGACUGAACGAACUUACGUAAAGAAUUUAAACAAUUUGCUGGAAAACUAUUUAGAGCCCCUUAAACGCGAGACCUUCCUAUCGAACGCCGAGAUAAAUGCACUUUUUGGAAAUAUCCAGGAGAUAGUCACGUUUCAACGGCAGUUCCUGCAAAAUCUUGAUCACGCAAUUGAGAUGGAGACGGACUUUAACAGCUUUGACCAUCCUAGUCAAUUUAAGGGUGUUCUGUUUUCCAUUGGAAGUGCCUUCUUAUAUUACGUAAAUCACUUCAAGCUGUACAGCUCGUUUUGCGCCAGCCAUUCGAAGGCCCAAAAAGUUUUACAUCCAAACGAAGGAAAUCAAGCUUUACAAGAGUUUUUGCAAGCGAGAAAUCCGCGUCAGCAGCACUCCUCGACAUUGGAAUCGUACUUGAUAAAACCCAUUCAAAGAAUACUCAAAUAUCCGUUGCUUUUGCAACAACUUAGAAAUCUCACAGACGAGCGAAGCGAAGAGCAUCAACAUUUGAUAGAGGCCCUUAAAGGUAUGGAGAAAGUGGCGGAGCACAUUAACGAAAUGCAAAGGAUUCACGAGGAAUACGGAGCUAUUUUCGAUCAUCUCUUUAGGCAACAUCAAAAAUCUUGCAAACAGCCAAUUGAUUUGAGUCCUGGAGAUCUUUUGUAUUAUGGCGGUGUCGAGUGGUUAAACAUUUCGGACUUUCUUGGAAAGAUAAAGAAAGGCUUGGAAUUGCACGCCAUGUGUUUCGUUUUCAAAUCCGCUGUCGUGUUCCUGUGUAAGGAGAGAUUAAGACAAAAGAAAAAGCUCAUGGGAGUUUCCACGAAAGCGAAUUCCAGCGAGGUGGAAAUAAUUCGUUAUCAAGUUUUGAUUCCCGUUACCGAAGUUCAAGUAAGAGCCAGUUCAGCUAAAGAUAUGGAAUCGCAUUUCCUAUGGGAGUUGAUACAUCUCAGAAGUCAAUUACAGAGAAGAUCGGAAAAAGUAUAUGUACUUUCCAAUAGUACGACGGAAUUUAGAAAUGCGUUCCUAAAGACAAUUCGACAAAUCAUACGAGAAUCGGUCCGAAAUAUGAGCAUUCCUUCGACGAAACAAAAUCUAAAUCAACCACCGAUUACGAUCGCACCUCGUAUGUCGACUGGCCAUGUAGAAAAAUUUGAAAAGCAAGCGGCUCAGGUGCAAGGUCAAAAUGGCAAUGGUAACACGAUAGUAGCUACGGGAACGUUGUCGAAAAAAGCUAUAAAACAGCAAUUGUUAAGCAAUUCGCACAAUGCCAAGCGAAAGUACAGUCAUUCUAAGCAAUCGGUGGAGCAUGAGAGUUCGGAAGACAAAGAUAUGGAGGAAACAGCUAUAAGUCAACAGCAGAUAAUCUUUCGUACGAGAAGCAAGACCAUAAGCGAUACUUCAGGCGAAGUAAAAGUUGAAAUGGACUCGGGGACGAAGUCAGAAGGAGAAGAAGACUCUCAAGCUUUUUUAGGCGAGAAGAAGACUAAUCUGGGCCGUACACCAAAUCAUUUAACACUGAGCACUACUUCGACCAUUUCCGCAGGUAGUACUGGCAGCCAAGCCAGGCUCAUUCAGUCUUCUCAUCAGCCAGAGAAUUAUCAACCCAUUGCAGUAAAAGAGCUUGGUUCGCCAAUUUGGAAGCCCCGAGAAUUACCGUCGCUCGGGGAGGCGACGACGUUACCAAGAAAGGGUAAGUCGGCCGGCGAGUUCACGGACAUGACCUCGAGCCACAGCGCCUCACGGAAAUCUCUCAUAGAGAUCAGCAAUUGUGCUCAACAAUCUAAUUUUAAUAAUCACGUUUAAGUUUCAAACUAGUCAGGGACUAACUCGUUAAAUAAAGUAUCUGUUAAGUUCGAAUUAUCGAACGAACGAUUACUCUGCUAAUGCAUAAGGCCAGACGAUGACAAGUAAAAGGGUAGAAGAAAAGAGAAAGAGAGUAGAAGAAAGAGAAAAUGAGAGUGAGAGGCUGAUAGUAAAAAAGGCUAAGAAACACAUCAAGUUAUCACCAAGGUUAAUUAGCCUGUGAUUUAAUUAUGAAAUCUCGCUCGCCGCCCACGCGAUACUCAUAAACGAAACAAAACGAAGAGAAAAUCCGUUCCUCCUACUGCAAAAUGUGGUACACAUACUUCUUCCUUUUUCUCAUUUUGCUCUUCCAAGUAACAACAACGUUAUGUCGUCGGCCAUCUCUCAUCGUCAGUGCCGCACGAUCUUCGCCAUUCCCCCAAAAUACGUACGUAUUUUUACGUAUCACAGUUUACGCAACAUAAAAUGUCCGACAUUAUUUACCAUUAUUACACACGUAUUUGAAUAAAAUUCAAUUAGAAUUCUCGUGUUUGCAAUAAGAGAAAUCACGAGAAAAUAAAUCGGUCACUUUUUACUUUACGUCGACAAUUUCUUUGCUCGAUCGCGUUCAUAGAUCGUGUCACUCGCGAUCCGGUUUCUCUCCGUUUAUUGUCCGACGGCGCGUCCAUCCGUGAUACGGUAUCGUUGCCGCUCGAAAAACAUCAUUAACGUUAAUCACCGUGAACCGAAAAGUAUUCACGGGGAAUGUAAGAAGGAAGCGGAAUAUCAAGCGCCAGCGCGAUAAAUUAUUAGAGCGCGUAAACGCUCUCGCAUCGCAUGCGAGACUCUUUGUCGUCCCUUUUUCGUUUCCGCACCUACGUUCCUACGUAAUAUAUUACUCUGAUAGGGUAACUUCCUUUUUCAAUCGCCGUUAAAGGGAAAAAAGAAGAAAGAAGAUAAAAAAAAGACGAGAUAACACUUCCUUCCACUUUCACAAGUGUUUCUCCGCGUGGACGGCAAAGUGCAGAGCGUCAGCCGAUCGACCCUGUGUAUAUAUUGUAAUGAUGAUGAUGAUGAUGUCCUUACAAUUACAACUUAAUUAUUAUUAUCGUCAUUAUGUAUUUUGUCAUUAUUCUUACUACUUUUAUCAUCAUCGUCGCUAUCGUUAUUAUUUAUAAUUACUUAUUAUUAUUAUCAUUAUUAUCAUUAGUGUUAUUAUUAUUAUCAUAAUUAUUAGUAUUCGCCAUUGGCAUUAUCGUGAUCGUCGUCACGCCGAUGAUCAUUAUUAUUAUCAUUAUUAUUACACACUAUAACGAAGGACAAGUCUUAAAGAUCUGAGAAAAACGACGAUGUACCGAGUAAUUAUAGCGAUAUAAAAAAUCAAUUAA